CACAGCAGUGCGGCGCUCAAGGGACAUCCCCAAGACAAGUGCCACAGCUUUCUAUCGAGCUUCUCUGUCACCAAUCGAAGGAGAGCGCACCAGAGAUUUCAAGAAGGAAAAGAGACGCAAACGUGACAUACGCAGAACAUCCAGGAAAACACAACACAACAGCACAAGAGGUCACACCCGCUGUGACCUGCCGCGCUGAACAUGGGGCUCACAACGUCGUCUGAGGCUAUUGGGCGUCAUAUGAACCAGGUCAGCGCAGAAGCAACUGAGGACCAAGCUGACUCUCACUUGCCGUCAUCGAAUGGGGUACCGGUGGCAAAGGAAACCGAAAGCGUUGAUAACAGCACGACUACCGCAGCGUCUGCACCAUCGGAGACUGUCCGAAAGCGAAAAUGCGAGCAAGACGAAUACAGGCCGACUGUGCAGCAAAAGGCAAAGAAGCGGAAAUUAAAGACCGGAUCCAAACGUGCCUCGUCAAAGAAGGCUAAGCCCGUGAAGAAGGCGACGACCGUCCAACACGGUGUACAGGAAGGGGGAUUGCUGGAGGGGUCGACGACAAUGGGACAUAAGGGCACCGCCAAGAUCAACCCCCACAGGGCCAAGAUCCUGAUUGGCAAGCAAGCCCUGGCUGCCAUUAAGGAGGGAACAAGAAUAUUUAUCAAGAGCGGAGAAGGCAACGGUGGAGACACAUGGUGGGACAGCGGAAUCGUCCAAAAGAUCCACGAGCGUGGCAAACCGUACGAGGUCGAGUGGCAAAAGAUGAACAACAGGGGCGAGGAGGUCGACACUGACGUUGAGAAGCGUAUCAUCCUGCCGGUAACGUACAGCCUCGCCGGAGUGGCGGCCGAGGCGAUCAAGGGAGUCGAGUUGGGAACCGAGGCGGCCGCCUCCGUGAUGAAGAACGUCCUCGCUAAGGCUCGGCUGGGGUCUUGGUGCAUUAGCCACCCCGAGGAACCGUGGGGUAUGCUUGAUCCCUUCGGGGAGGACUCUACCCCGAACCCCGUUUCAGAGGUCACAAGGCCAUCCAUCGAAUUGAGUGAAACGUCUUCCUAAGAUUACCGACCUAAUCUGGUUUUCGUGGAUGGAAUACAAUUUACGAGUGUUGGGGUUAUACCAUUUUCGAUCGCCUAGCUGCCUGGGAGAGGGGGCUCAAGGAUUUCGUCGGCUCCUUGAGUUUAUCGGGUUGCGAGCACAGGAUGCGUAGGAAUCUGGAGGACUGUCGUUUUGUUGUAGUGUGCUACCAUCAAGGGUAUCUUCGGUAAUGGGUAAGGGAAGCGAUAUUUGGAUCCUUUUGGUCAACGACGGAUCGGGCGCGGACGCCCAUUCUCAAGGCGUGAAUAAUUCAACCCUACGCUACGUGUUUGUGGAAAAUAUUCUUGAUUGUAGUGUUAUCGAUGUGCGAUUGGCAGCCGGGCACCAGCCGGCCUGUACGGUCCUCUGCAGCACACGUUGUCUUUGUCAUUAGACUGUCUUCAAGCAAUGGGACAUUCGUCUCGGUAGCGCGAGUCUGCGUUUGCGUUUGCGUGUACAACAGUAGUAGUGAAUCAAGCGAGGAAAAAAGGCUGCCGAGUAGCAGAAGAUAAUUUCGUAAUUCUUUUAUAGACUAGUACGUAGAAUCAUUGUGUCGGAUGCGUUUCGUCCUUGAAGGCUGUGGCAGUGGUGCAUGUAGGAUGCUGGAGCGGGCCACAAUGUCGAACCCUGUCCGCAGCCCAACUUGGUUUCUCAUCGACAGCGAUGUCCAAGACUUGCGGACGGGUGCAUCCCACAAGCCUCCUGAACAUUGGGCUGUAGGAACACCGGGAAAAAAGUGAUACAUCAUUCGGACCGGGUGGCGGUUCAGCUUCAGUAGCUUAGGCAGCAGUAUACUGCUGUAGUUCGUCCGCACAUAGGUUUUAGUCUAGUCUACAGACCAGAUGGAAGCAAACUCGUAGUUAUGUUGACCCUUCCUGACGA